UGGGUUAGUUUUUAUUUAUUGUGUCGUGCGUUUAUUUCAGUAAUAUUGGCGUUGGCGUCGUAGCUCGAGGCAGGGUUUUAUUUGCGUUGUGUUACUUUUUGGUUACGGGGCAUCUGACGCUGCUCAGUUGUAUGGAGUAAAGCUCGUUUCUCCUUGUAUUUCGUUGCUCUUUUGGUGUCUUGUUUUUGCACAGAUCAUAUCACCUACAUUUGUGCGAGCACAAAACCUGUAUUUUGAUAUCACAGCGUGCCCCUGGCUCUAUUUCUGUCUAUCCCAACCUGGUGUAGCAGGAGGGGGCUUACAAGUGGUCCGAGGGAGCCGCCCUGCUAGUUUCUCCUGUUUUUUGUCAAACAACGACUUUAAUUCAAAAUGAUUGUGAAUGCAGGGCCAUUCCCGGCUGGCUGGGGCCUGCUUUCAGAGAGCUGCAGGGCCCCGCUGUUCCUUUAUUAUCAUAAGCAGAUUAGAGGUAGCGGGGAACACACUCAGAUGCAGAUAGCAGCCGAGCGGCCCAUUUCAACCUUGCAUUAUAAUGGACCAAACUGCAUGUGUCGCCUCUCGCAGCCUAUUAAGCACAAGAUGAAUCUUAUGUAAGGUUGCCGGGGCCGGCAUAAUGAGAUCACGGGGGCUCCGCUCCUCCAUUUAUUAUCAAAUGACUAAAACAAAAUAAUAAGGCUUGAUCUAUUCACUUUCAAUUAUAAUUUAAUCUGGAGGCAGGAAUUUAAAUUAAAUUAUUUCAGGUGUAUGUACUUGAUCUAUCUUUAAUUACUGGGAAUGUCUGCUUGUCGAUCCAGACAGGCAGAUGCGUGGCUUCACUUUUAGUCCUACAGUUGUUGGGUAAUAAAUACAUUUAAAAUUACAUGUUGCCGCUACUGUUGUGCCUUUAACGGAACGUCUAAAAGCAGCCACUCUUCUCUCCUGCCCUCUUUGAGAAAAGCCUGAGCAGGCUUUGGGGUUCGUGCGCGCAGUUCUCCGUUCGUCCAGUAGGCGGCGCUGGUGCCACGCUGCAGGACGCUUUGCCAUCCAGAUGGAGGCUCAGAAAAAACAUGCAAAAACAAGUGGCACCAACACACCCAACCCCCAAAAACUUUAGCCGUACUGCACAUUAGAUUUACAUGAGUGGAUGAGUUGGCUUUAAAUACACUUCCGACGGUUCUGUGCUGAAUUAAUCUCGGUCUGGUGUCUUUAAUCCAUGAAUCUAGUGAAGCAGGUGGAGCCUUCGUUUUUAUUCGCACUAAUUGUCUGACGGGCUUGUCCCUGGUUUUAUGAAAGAUCUGCGCCUUUUGUGCAAACACACUUUAUCUCAAAAUAUUCCUCACCUCCAUUUCUGCACCCUCGUGCCCCCCGUAGGCCGAGCCCCCACCCCGUCCCUACAAAAGCCUAACAACAACAGCAGCACUGUGGCAGUGGAAGUGAAGUGGAGUUGAGUCUUUGUCCGGACAGAUGUAGCGACAACAUCCCAAACAAAAACCGCUUAUUUGUGGUGAGAUGAGCCCGUCUGCCUUCUGUGUGUUGGCAUUCAACUUCACUAAACAAAAGAACUGGGGGAAACAUCUUGGAUUACCUUUCCUCUUUUCAAGCUUAAAAACCAGCCGUGGCUUCUCCCCCUCCUCACGCACACCCUCACGCGCACACCGCCGCCAUUCAACGCUUUGAGUUCGCUAACAAAGUUUAUUUAAGUGUCGUUAUGUUAUUGGGGCGGUAAGUGGGGGAAUUAGUGACUUUUUUGGCUGUGAACAACAGCAGAGUCACGGGCCGUGACAUCAUGUCAGAACAAUAAACCUGAUGAUAUUGACGCCACCAAAGUCAACAGGUGACGAAUUUGGAUAAUUUGGCGUUCAGUUUAUUUUGUAAAGAGUAAACGUUGCUCGUUGGCGAUUUUAAGCAGCGUGGCUCAUUAGACAAUAAAUAGAAACAUUAAAUAAUUACCGUAUUAUUUUUAGGAAAGUUUCUUCUACUAGUUUACUUGCAAGACGCCACUUUUCAUAAUUUCCCAAUAGCAUGCGUCUAUGGAACUUUCCAGGUGCUUCUCCCUCUGAAAAUGAUCAUGGAGCGCAAUCAUAUGUAUACACUCAGAGAAAUGUCUCUAUAAGGCUGGAAAUAGUAAAUAUGUGCUCUGUAUCUGCUCCUACGGCCGCGCGUGCUCGGAGGGGGAGCAGAGCAGACCCCGCCUCUUUAUGCUAAUUAAGGUCUCCCAUUGGCGUGUCAGGGGAGCAGGCCGGCUGUGAUUGGCCAGGUCGAAGCCAUUUAUUCUCUGACAGCCCCGUCACAUGAAUGGUUGUCUAUUAACUUGUCCAAAAACUAUCUGGAGUUGUCAAGGCUCAGGCGGACAGAGGCGAAAAAGUACAGUUUGUUGAUGCUUUUCGGAGAAGCCACGGGAGAAGUUUUGUGGACACAACAUAGCAGGGAUCUAUUGGGAGAAAGCUCUCUGUCACACACACGCAGACACACACGGUCGCAGGCACACACUCUGACACACACUCGCUGAGAGGGAGUGCGUUUGGAGACGCGGCUUGGCGCUCGUUGUUUUUUCCUUUUUUGUUUUAUUUUUUUGUAGCCACAGAAAAGUUGCCGAGAAGAUCGACAGGUAACACUCAGCCGCAGCCCGCGCGCCUCGCUGUCCUGCCUCUGGCUUGUGGAGUUUGUUUCUGUGUGUGUGUGUGUGUGUUUUUCCUUCUGCUCGGGAGCUCCCACUCAACGCUGUUCCUGAUGUAUAACAUGAUGGAGACUGAACUGAAGCCCCAAGCUCCCCAGACCAACCCGGGGGGCACGGGCACCACCAACACGUCCGGCACCGGCAACAACCAGAAGAACAGCCAGGAGCGGGUCAAGAGACCCAUGAACGCGUUCAUGGUGUGGUCCCGGGGCCAGAGGAGGAAGAUGGCGCAAGAAAACCCCAAAAUGCACAACUCGGAGAUUAGCAAGAGACUGGGGGCCGAGUGGAAACUUCUGUCGGAGAGCGAGAAGAGACCCUUCAUCGACGAAGCCAAGAGGCUGCGGGCCCUGCACAUGAAGGAGCACCCGGAUUACAAAUACCGGCCCCGGCGAAAAACCAAGACCCUCAUGAAGAAGGACAAGUACACCUUGCCCGGCGGACUGCUCGCUCCCGGAGGAAACGGGAUGGGCACGGGAGUCGGUGUGGGAGUGGGGGGCGGACUGGGCGGCGGCGUGAACCAGCGCAUGGACAGCUACGCGGCGCACAUGAACGGCUGGACCAACGGCGGCUACGGCAUGAUGCAGGAGCAGCUGAGCUACCAGCACCCGGGGCUGAACGCGCACAACCGGGCCAGAUUGCAGUCCAUGCACCGCUACGACAUGAGCGCCCUGCAGUACAACACCAUGACCAGCUCCCAGAGCUACAUGAACGGCUCCCCCACAUACUCCAUGUCCUACUCCCAGCAGAGCACGCCGGGCAUGACCGCCCUGGGCUCCAUGGGGCCCUCCUCGGUGGUGAAGUCCGAGUCCAGCAGCUCCAGCCCGCCCGUCGUCACCUCCUCCGUCCCACCCGGGCUCCGCCCCGGUGCUUGCCAAAGCGGGGAUCUGAGGGACAUGAUCAGCAUGUACCUGCCCGGGGCGGAGGUCAGCGAGCAGAGCGCCCAGACCCGGCUACACAUGUCCGGCCACUACCAGAGCGCCGUGCCCGGGACGACGAUCAACGGCACGCUGCCGCUGACGCACAUGUAAGAGACGCGGAGCGGCGCGGAGCGGAGCGGAGCGGAGCGCGGCGAGCGCGACCGGCGAACUUUUAUAAGAGAAACUGUGGACUACUGAACGUCGGACUAUUUUUGUACAGAAAAUUUCGGGGUGGGAAAAGUUGUAUAGAAGUCUCCGGGACAAGGACACACGACCCUUUUUCUUUGGUUUAUUUUAAGGAAGCUCUAGGAGCGGUAGGAGAUCCCAUCUUCUCUGCUGGAUAAGGUUUGGAAGACUAGAAAGUGGGAAUCGCAAUCAAAUGUUUUAUUAUUGCAAAACACCUUUUGUACAGUAUUUAUCAAAGAAACAUUACAAUCAGUUGAAAUUGUUUGUUAAACUGCAAGAGGUUGCGUUUUUCUUUUCUUCUUUUUAUAUAAAACUGCUCCAGUUCUGCAGAAAAAUAUUAAAAGUGAGAAAUGGCAGAACUGGGAAUUAUAUGGGAGCGAUGAGUUAAUGCUCCUUUUAUUACUGCAAACACUGGAAAGAAAAGGGACAUAAACCAAGCAGGUAAUGCUGUUCUUCAUUUGAGGUCAAUAUUACUAAACAUUUUUUUUGUCAAAAUAAGACAAUUGUUUCUCAUACAGUUUUAAAGAUAGGUUGUUAAUUUAUAUUUCCGUCUCCCACUAUUCAUCUGUUAGACAUAUGAUGCCUGUGCUCUUUAUUUUCUAAUUGAUUUGUACAAUUUCUGUAUAUUUACUGUGAUAUUUUAAGUUUUUAUUUCAAAAAAAUUCAUUCCCGUAGAUGUCUUUUAAAAUUUGUGGCCUGUACGCAGAAGCCAACCACUCCAUGUAUAUAUAUAUACCGGAACUAAUACCAUCCUUAUAACAGUUACAAUUUCAGCUGAGUAUAUUUUUUUUCAAUAUGCAGUUUGAAAUGAAUAAAUUUUGGAAAUUUGGAUACUUGAA